AUGGCACAUCCUCCCCCUACAGAAGGUGGCUAUCAAGCCAAUGAAGUCUCCUCAUCCAACGCUGCGGUUGACCCGCAAUCGAUAAAGUACGAUACCGCGCCUUCCCUGACACAAGAUGAAUCAUAUACCAACGCAUCCCAAUCUACACAAUCGAUGAACCCUCAUACUGUAUCAAGCACAGCUAGCCACCAGCAUCAACAAGAGCAAGAGCUUCUUUCUGAAUAUACGGUUCCCAAUCCGCCAAUCUCAACAACACAAUCAAAUGCGGUUGCGGCGGAGCAAGAUCUGAUAAGUGGAGGUAUAUCAGAACAACCUAGGACGUUGUGGAUGGGUGAUUUGGACUCUUGGCUAGAUGAAAAACAAAUUACAGAUCUUUGGUGGAACUUGCUAAAGAAAAAGGUUGUUGUAAAGAUCAUCAAACCAAAGACGUUGAAACUUGAUCCGCAAUUUCAAGGAUUGACCAAUUCUGGUUAUUGUUUUGUUGAGUUUGAAACUUUUGAAGACGCUCAACAAGCAUUGAGUUUAAAUGGACAAUUGUUACCAGAUAUUGCCAUGCCUUCUCAACAAGUAUAUCCGAAUAAUCCUGAUAACCAGAAAAAGUAUUUCAGGUUGAAUUGGGCUAGUGGAGCCACAUUGAGCGCUCCAAUAGUUCAAAUGCCAGAAUACUCCUUAUUCGUUGGUGAUUUGUCGGCAUCUACAACUGAAGCCCAUCUAUUGGCAUUUUUUCAAAAGAAAUUUCCUAAUUCAAUUAAAACUGUAAGAGUCAUGACCGAUCCGGUAUCAGGAAAAUCAAGAUGUUUCGGAUUUGUGAGGUUCACUGAAGAGCUGGAAAGGCAAAGGGCCUUGAAUGAGAUGAAUGGAGUUUGGUUCGCUGGGAGACCGUUACGAGUUGCUCUUGCGACACCUAGGAGUACAAAUUAUCGCAAGUUUGGUAAGUCAAAUAACAACAACAAUGUACCCUUUUCGCUGCAUAGUGGCUAUUAUAGCCCUGAAACUACUUCUUCAGCCCCAAUGCCCCCAGAAAUGAUGUUUAUUCCACCUGGAGCACCACAAAAUCAAAUUGGUGGUAGUCCUUUGUUUGGUUAUUUCAAUCCAAUGGGUAACGAUGGGUCCCCUGGUGCUGUGCAAUUCCCAGAAGGGGUCGAUAACAACCUUUUACUUCAUGACCCACAAAAUGAAGGGCAGCCUUAUAUGUCCCAAUCAUUUCCAAUUCCGCCUCAGCAAGCUCUGCUACAACCCCCAAUACUGCUGCCUCAGUAUUCUGAUCCAAACAAUACAACUGUUUUUGUUGGGGGGUUAUCUUCAGAGGUAACUGAGGCAACACUCUUCACAUUGUUUAAACCUUUUGGUGUCAUUCAACAGAUCAAAAUCCCACCUGGUAAGAACUGUGGAUUUGUUAAGUAUUCUACUCGAGAGGAGGCUGAGAGAACAAUUGGUGCCAUGCAAGGAUUUAUCAUUGGUGGUAAUAGAGUUAGAUUAAGUUGGGGUAGAGUGUCAAUGAAUAACAAAAAGUAUCAACGACAACAACACCAAGUUGCACAAGCCGCCCAGAUGCAAGUUGCAGCCGCGUUAUCCAUGGGUAUGGAUCCAGCCUCUGCUAUUGCAGCAGCUGCUGCUGCUGCUGCAGGUGGCUUUCCUCCUCCAGUGAUGCCACAAUCACAUCCACAUCAAGUACCACCGCAUAUACUUGGACCUGGUCCUCAAAUAGGUAUACCUCCACCACAUCCUCCCCCUCCACCGGCAGCAGCAGCAGUCCCAUCCAUGGGUAUGCACAUCCCUGCUCAGCAAUAUCCUCAAUAUGACAAUAAUAUUCCACCACAAUCAUCAGAAGAAAGUGAAUCGAUAGAUACAUCAAGCACCAGAGCUGGACUAGGGACGGGCGAUAGUGAGCCAUCGUACACAAGCACUCCUGUGAAACGAGGUAGCAAGGGAGCUGAUGGGAGAAGUCGACAUGGCCAACAUCCUGAUGAAUCUUUCCAAUAUGGAUACCUCGACGAACAACAAAAUGAUGAUGAGAAUUUGAUCAACUCUAUGAACAAGAUGAAAUUGAAUAGUGAUAAUGGAUCCAAAGCUUAUGAUUCGCAGGCUUAG